AAAAAUUAAAAACAAACUCAAUUCUUUUUAUUAAAUAUUACUUUUUAAGCAAAGAUAGAACUUAAGUAUAACUUUAAAAUUAUUUUUAGAUAAAGAUAACUCAAAAUGAAUAACUUAAAUAACCCUAAGUAUCCUCCUGGAGUAGCAAGUCACAAUAGAAAAAAGAAUAAUUAAAGAAAUUUUAAUAAUCAGAGCUAGAAUUAUCAUAAUCGUGAUCAUUAUUAGCAUGAUAAUAAUAAUAAUUUUAUGAAUAAUUUUUAGAUGGGCUAAUAGGAUAUUAGUGAUAUUAUUAGCUCACUGGGAAACCAAUUUUCUGUUUAAAUAGAUCCUCACCAUAACUAAUAAGAGAGGCUAAUAGAAAAUUAAGAAAUUUAGUUUGUGAAUGUGAAUGAUUUAGAAUAAAAAGCUUUAGUUUAAUAGAGUCAACAAAAUAUAAAUGAUCAGUAGCCAGAGCAGGAAGAGAGUUAAAAAGUGAAGCAAUUUUUAAUGGAGUUGAAAGAGUGUCUUAGGAAAAAAUGCGAUAUAAUUAUUGAAAUAGGAAAGAGAAAAAUAGAUGAGAUGGAGAAAUACAUAGAAAAUAGAAUCAAAGAAAAAAUCUGCAGCAAGGUGAUGGAGGGUGUGUAUGACAAAGAGAAAGCUAUUUUUAAGGAAAUAUUUUAAAAUGAACUUUUAAAUAAAAAUUAUUUAAGAGAUUAGAUUAUAUCUUGUAUGGAACAGCACUUUAAAGAGUAUUUCUAAGAAGUAUCCAAAGUUUAUGAGUUAGGAUUAAAGCAUUUCAGUGAUUAUUGCAAAGAGUCUGAAAAUGUUUCUAAGCAAAAUAAAGAAACAUUUUAGUCUAUUAUAUUGGAACUGUAAAAUUUGCAAGAGGGAGAUAGAAACAUAUUAGCAAAGCUUUAAGAUCAAACUAAAGAAGAACUUGAUGAAAUAAAUAAUAUGAGAUAAAUUAAUGAAAAUAUUUCAAAAUAUGUGCAAGGUAUAGCUAUAAUAAAGGAAAAGAAUGCUUAGCUUGAGAACUAUUUGUAGAACUUGUAAUUGAAAGUCAAUGAUAGAGUUAAGCAAAAUAAGUUGAUUGUUGACUACAUGGUAUCAAAAUAUAUUGAAGAGUACUAGAAGGCACUUGUUGCAAAAAGAAAAAAUUUGAAUACAUAAAAAGAUGGCGAAGACUCUGACGAUGAAGAAAGUGAGGAAGAGGAAUCACCUGCUGUCAACUAGAAACUGUUAAAAGAUAAUUUGAAGCCUCCAGUUUAAAUCAUUACCAAGUAGACUCAGCAAAUUUAAAACUUAUAAGCUCGCUAAAAUGAUUAAUUCUUUUAAGAUGAAGAGUCUAACGAUGAAGAGGAAGACGAAGAGGAGGAAGAAGAAAAUAAGUAUGAUUAAACAUAAGAGAAUAUAAAAAUUUAAUACUUGAAGAACGUAAUAGAAGACGAUUAUUAAGAAGACUAGCAAAGAAAAAGUAACUAAAGACAAUAGGUUGAUAGAAAUUAGUACAGGCAAAAUUAUACAAACAACUUUGAUCUCGGAUAGCUUAAAAAUAAUCAGUAAAACCAAGUCGAAACGGAUGAUGAAGAUUCUGUGUCUGAUAACUGA